AUUGCAAAGCCAGAUCAGACAGAGGAAGUUGUGCUUGUGUGUUUGUGGAACCAAAUGACAAACUUGCUGCAAGGAGAAGAUGAGGAGUGUUGCCUUCAACCAUGAAGCACUCCUGGCGCGUGCCGCUUGCGUCUGUCUUGGCAGUGCUGUGUCUCACUUCAAGCGUCAGCUACGGAGAAGACUGCCUGCAAAUCAUGCAGCACAAAAGCGAUCGCAACGUUCCCGUCGGGGGAAACGUCAAGAUUAAUUGCACAUACCGGUAUAUGAAUUGCUCUCAUCCAUCGUACGUCUCCUGGAAUAAGUUGGAAAGCGACAUUUUUGUGCCACUGCCCAAUGACUCUCGUACUGGCGUGAAAUCGGUCCACGUGAGCAACUCGGAUACCAUGUUGUUACUAAGCUUCACAAAUAUACAAGUAAGCGAUGCGGGUUUCUAUCGGUGUCAAAGUGGACUCACCUUAGGACAGAACAUCAAAGUGUCCGUGUACGAUAACCACGUGACGACCAGCAUCUCGCCGGGGAACGAAACUGCCAUGACAGCGGAAGGGCGAUGGAUGUACGCGUACUCCGCCGUAGGCACGAUGGCGCUUGUCAUCGUCGUCGUUUGCAUUUCGGUCAUUUCCAUGCAGCGGUGUAAAAGCAACUCGGAGAGCGCCGAAACCUCCUCGGGCAGCUUCAUGUCCGGCAGGAUGACGUCCAAGGAGGAAAAGCCUUCAGAAAGGAGGACAGAGAAAGACGCGAGCUCCGUCGUGUACGCCGCGCUCCAUCACCAGCCGCCCGCCGCUGCCCCCGCGCCACUGAGGCGGCCCGGAGAGGAAAGUUCCGAGUACGCAUACAUUCGAGUAUGAUGCCGCGCGCGGCUGCCGGCGGAAGAUCGGCAGUUUCGCCCACGGUCGUGCCGGUGAACUGACUACUUUCACGUGAGACUGAAACCAGCAGCUUCCUCUUUCCUUUGUAGGAAGGAGAUGUGACCUUCAGUGGUUAUUUUUUGGAUGUGUUUUAUUUUAUUUUUUGGAAAGAAACAUUCAAAGGUAGCAACACAUCCCAAAAGUUUGUAUAAGCGGAAGGUGCACACAUUCACGUGGGCGUGCUGCGGUUUAUGAAAGUUGUCACCGCAGCACCUGCGUCGUCUGCUCUGCGCAACGUAACGCUCUCGAGAGAGCCGCGAGCGUUUCUCAUCCAUCCCUUGAACACGAAACGGGUGGUUCCUCCUCGUGCUGGAAGUCGAACGUUGACCAUAUCGCACUACAUCGCACUUAAUUGGCUUGGACAGGAGAAGAAGGGAUUGAACAAUGACUUGAGAGACAUUUCAAAGCACAAAAGGGACCUUCUCCAAUGAGCUUGUCAAUUUUGUUGUCAGUUGAAGCUUUUGUUUUGCUUUAAGCAGAAGACAAGGGGAGUGCUUCAUAAAUCAAUAAAACUAAAUACAUUUUCAUGUUGAUAAAACGUCGCGCAACAGUUCGAGCUCCUUGUUGGCAGGUGACAGUUUAUUGGAUUUCGUGUCUAAUUUCACGCCGGAUGACACUUUAAAAAUAUAUUUCAGCUAAUUUCUCCACACGCGCAAAUGACAAAACCGUCAAUAUGUUUGCUGUUAUCUUAAAAGGCCCUGUAAAGUAAAAAUAAAAUAUCUUGUCAAUUUGAAACAGCGAUGUGAACAAGCGUGCCAAAUUUGAAUGAAUCAUAAAAAAAGAAAGUAUAUGCUGUAAAAGGAAGCUCCAAAAUUGUGAAAAUGAGACACCUCCUCCCAGCUCUCUUGACACUCAUUUUUCAACCGUCAAUCAAACAGGUUGGUGUGUACAGCAUGUGCUCAAAUGUCCGUUAGCUCGUUAGUUAGUUAGCAACAGGCUGCAGAACGUGCUACUGGGUUUAAUAAACAGUUCGCUUUCCCCAUUGUGUCUCUGUUACGUGUGGCCACACACAGCAACACCAAGCGAGGCGCUGACACGUGAGACGAAGCCGCCGCCGGUCUAGCUCGCUAGCUCGCUCGUGGGCUAGCAAGCAUAGUAGACAGUUAACUUUCCCUGAAAGUGAAACCCUACAAACAAUUUGAUACCAGUAAUAGACGUCUCGAAACAGUCCAAAUAAAAUACAAAGAACAACACAACACCGCUCAUCACCAAAACAGCAGCAUACCAAAAACUACUACGGAGCGGAAGGCAUUUGGGUUUUUAACGAGGUGGCACUCGUGCGCUGGCUCCCGUUUUUAACACGAGGUCCAUCCUUCCUCGCCCGAGACCAGGAUACGCCGUCGACCUCUGUAACGGUGCGGCUCGUGAAGCCCUCGGAGACUCUGCUGAGAUUAAAAGCUAAAUAAAUAAACUUGACUCGAUCUUGAAUGUGAUUGGCUUUUCCUGAACGCAGCCGCACCCCCAGUGAUGAGACGGUGUGCGCGUGAGUGCAACCCCAUUAUCGCGGCUGUUUCUUUGUACUGACUCUACUUCCAAAGAUUUCA